AUGAUCGUCUCGCUCAGAACAACCAACCAAGUCUCUAAUAAUACAUCAUAUACAGCAGACAUGGCGGACCUUGGCACCAUUAGGAGCGCCAUCGAGGCCACUAUGCGGGACUUCUUCCUCUCAUACGAAGACGGCUCUGCCGCCAACAGCACCAGCCCAAUGAGCCGCACCUUGACACCGGACUGCACUCGUACAGUGCUGCCAGAAUCCUUUUUCAGAACCCGUGGCCUUGGCAAUGUCUUCAACAACGCAGAGUACGAACAAAUCCUCGUUGGUGACAUCACGGUCGCUCGAAUGAAGCGACACACCAUGUCCAAUGUGGUCAUUGACUCGGAGAGCCGAAAGUCGGCAGCCACGAGCGUCUUGGAUCUCGAAUUCAAGGACGGCGACGCAACGGCGAUGGAACUAACAUGGACUUUUGACUUCAAUGAGGACGGGUCAGCUAUCAAGAGAGUCGUUGAGUUUGUGGAUCCAGUUGCGCUUCUCAAGCUGUUGGAAAAGCGCAAAGCGGUUGGAGUUUGA